AUGUCACAAAACCCAUUCGAAUCACUCACAUUUGGUAACUCGCUUUCUCUUCGCGUGGAUGGUGCCAUUGGUACUAUGUCCCUCUCGCCAAAUGGCAGAGACGCUGUUUUGGCGGGGAGAAAGGGUUUGUUCAUCAUCGAUUUAGAUGAUCCAUUCACGACUCCAAGAUGGCUACAUCAUAUCACCUCUUGGGAAGUCGCCGAUGUUCAGUGGUCUCCUCAUCACUUUGUUAAACCAUCAUGGUGCAUAUCAACCUCAAAUCAGAAAGCCCUCUUGUGGGACUUGGCAAGACCUUCGAACAACGCCAUAGCGCAUGUUUUACACCGUCACACAAGAGCGAUAGCAGACAUAAAUUUCCACCCUAUGGAUCCAGAAGUUUUGGCAACAUGCUCAAUAGAUACAUUCGUUUAUAGCUGGGAUAUGAGAAGUCCACGACGUCCUAUUGGCAAAUGGGCGGAGUGGCGUGCUGGUGCCACACAAGUGAAAUGGAGUCAUAAUGAUCCCCAUCAAUUGGUAUCCAGUCAUGACCACAGCUUUUUCUUAUGGGAUACUAGAAAAGGUGCGGUCCCAGUUCUUAGGGCCGAAAAUGCCCACUCCGGAAAAAUAAACGGACUUGAUUUCAGCAGUGCCGACAAUAAGCUUAUGACAUGCUCUAAUGAUGAGAGCAUAAAAGUGUGGGAUCUCCUGAACUCCAGUACAGACACGAUCAAGCCAUCCGUUAUAAUGCAAACCGAGUACCCUGUUGCGAGGGCUAGGUCCUUACCAUUUGGUAAAGACGGUUGUUGUGGCAUCAUGCCUCUCAGAGGAGGCGGAAAUGCAAUUCAUAUUAUCAACUAUCAAGGCGCAUUGAACGAGAAUGCAGCAACGGGGGAAACAGUUCAAAUGGAUGUAAUACCCGAUUACUCUUUUCGUGGCCAUCAAGGGCCAGUAAAGGACUUUCUUUGGAGAACCCUUCGUUCUAGUUAUGCUGGCUUUGAGUCUAACCAGUGCUAUGAGAAAUUUCAAAUGGUAAGCUGGUCUUCGUAUGAUUUUGAUUUGAAGCUUUGGCCCGAUGACUCUGAGAUGUAUAACAUUGCGAAUUAUAAUCCACUGCACCAAAAGCUUUUUAAUUCAUUAGUCAGAAGCACCGGCGGCUCUGACUCCGAGGAUGGUAUUGCAGGCAAUUCUCCAACCUAUUCACCCAAUUUAGAGUUGAGUGAGGAGGUAUCUCUUAAAAAGUCAGAUACAUACCGUUACAAUACUUAUUGCGUUGAACCACUCCUAUCAAUGAAGGACUACUACAGAGAAUAUAACGGCGACAGCUUAUCUUCCAUGGCAUACUUCAAAAUCAUGCAAUCACAAGAAAAUGCUGAUAGAAGUACUCAGCUCAAUCAUCUUGAUUGGAUCUCUGGAGUUCGUAUGGGUGACACAAGAUCGAAUGGUCCUGACCAGCACGGGCCGCCCAUUCUUGAGAGCUUGCUGGGUCCCAGAAAUCUUGGAGAGGAGGUGAGUAUAGUAGGCCACAAGUUCCCUAAGCUCCGCUUCGAGAAAAUCUCGGUCUCUACGGGGCACCUUGUAAUGACCCUCAAAGGCCCACUUCCGAAAAUUGAACGAACCCCCACUGAAGAGAUUAGCGCUAGAGAUGCGAGUGAUUCGACAACCACGAUGAUAGAGGACAAGCUGGGCCAACCUUCUUUAUCCAAGGCACCUGCGCGUAAUAGUAGCCCUUUGCAACAAGGGAGCAGCAAACCAGCAAUUGUUAACAAAUCGAAUUCAACCAACAGAGCAGCGGGCUCCAAUUUACCGGCAAAAGAAUCCGUCGUGCUGCAGCCGCAGAAAUCGAUCCUAGGAACUCACGACAGCAUAGAUGAAUUAUGGAGAACCGACCAGGAACAAGGCUUGGCAUUCAUACGCCUUGAGGUAAAAUUUCCCAAGAGCUAUCCCCAUAUUGAAGACGUGGCGUUGAAGAAGCUGUCAUUGGGAGACAAUCUUAUUGAAGUUGGAGAUGAAAACUGGGCGGACGAUCUUGUGGACCUCCAUAACGCAGCAGGGAGUUCAAAUAUCACUACUACAUUCGCUUAUGAAGGUAAAAAGGGAGACGAAGGCAAAUAUGAAGAGGACGACGAAAAAGAUGAAGAAGAAAUUGAAGGAAGAAAAGAACAUGAAGAAGAAGACGAAGAUGAAGAGGAAGACAUAGACUUGAUACCAAUGGUGGGUGAUCAUCCACUUCCUCAGCUGACUUCUCACCAAUACGAGGAAUUUAAGAAUCCAGCAGAAGCAGAUCCUUUCAGAGAUAGGAUAAAACAUGAUACAACACCCCUUCCGAAAGGAUGCGGAGCUAUUUGGUCCCAUAAUGGUCAAUUAGUCUGCUUCUUUUUAUCACGCGAGCACGACGAGAAGGUGAAGAGACAGUCUGAUUCUAGGAGUCAAAAGCGGAGGCCGGAAGAUCGAUACUUUAGCGCGGCCAAAGGUGUACAAACAAUGAUGGAGGAUGACCAUCUGUCUUCGCAUUCAAUGAUAGAUGAAGACUCGGAUCACGAUAACUCUCUGGAGGAAGCUGAAUCGCUUUGCUCUUCGCUAUCUUCUGACGCUAGCUUUAAUAACGACUGGGAUGAGCUCAUAGAAAAUGACGUGCCCUCGAAGUCUCGUGUGAGAGGGUUGUUCAGAGAAUCUAUGAGGGUUGGAGGCGAUUUCUUCAGUAAUGAAGACCGCAAAUCAGGAAUCACACGAAGUGCUGGAGGCACAACCUCGAACUACAGAUCCUCAACACACGGGGACUGCUCUGUCAAAGAAAAAAGAACUCCCAAAUCCUCCAAAGGACAGUAUAAUCGUAUCUUGAUCGCUGACUUCUCCCACCUUAUUCCCGAAAAGUACUUCACAGCUGCUAUUAACUCCACUUACGUCGAUCAAAACAUCCAGAGCCAGUGCAUGGAACACGAAAAAGCGAAACGACUUACAGACUUGCGCUCUAUGCUCUAUGAUUGUGAGCAAGCGUGCGCUGGUUUGCACGAGUUGUGA